CUCUUCGGGGGCAUUUCUCUGCAGAAAGAAAAACCCACCGUUUCAGAUGCAGAGAAACCAUUUGGACCACGGGCCCUCACAGCCUGCACCCAAGGGCAGGUCUCCCUCCGACACCCACUUCACUGGAUUCCUCAACUCAGCGGCCGGCUCGCGGCCUCGCGUAACCCAGCAGUCCCUCCACGGCACACGGAGCCCGGGGUCCGCCGGGUCUGGGGAGGCGAACUCGACGCGGCCCUGGGCCCCGGCCUCAGCCCCGGGUGCAGAACGGAGAGGGGCGCCCUCUCAUUCCUUACCGAGGUCUUGGCGACGUUGCCGCGCUGGGUGAUGUUCUUGCUGUGCUUCUCGUUGGCCAUACGGAUCCGCUGCUUAGCGACCAUCUUCGCGGCGCCACCACUAGACCCCACCACCCCUUAAACUCGCUCGAUCGCUCGCCUUCCCUCGGACCGCUGCGAGGCUCGCCGCCGCCGGACAGAGGCGGCUCUCAGGAGAAGAGCGAGCUCCGGCCACUGGGCCUGGGCGCGGUGCGCGCAAGGGUUGAGCGCUAAGCGGACGCGGGUCAAUCGACUGCGGCCGCCAGACCGAUAGGCCGGGUGCGCGGAAGUAACAAAGCAGGCCGCCGGGCCGUUCUCCCGCCGCCACCGCUGCUGGGGCAGUCGCCGAGAGCGUGGAGCUAAAGAGGAAGGAAGCGCAACGCAACAACCGGGCGGUGCAGCCUGCACCCUCGAACUACUUCGGGUUCGGCUGCCAACGUCAGCACUGGGCGGGCUCCACUUCACGGAAGCGCAGGCUCCGCCCUCUGAGGGAGAGGGAGGGCCAAGGCACACGCCAGAGACCUAGUCCAGAACACUCACGCCUGGAUGUGUUGACCCAGAGGAGCGCGUGCGCGUUCAGGGUCCCUUUCCUCCCCAAUUCCGGACCGGAAGUAAAUUGGCCCCCAGGCUGCUGGCCCCGGAAAUUCCGAUCUGUCGCCCACACGCCUGAGCAGACGUGUUGGGGCCGGGUUCGGCCCUCGUGAACUCUGAACCGAACGCACGGGUUUCUCUUUCCGGGAUAAGAUGGCGCCGUCCACGCCGCUCCUGGCUGUCCGAGGAUCAGAAGGACUCUACAUGGUGAAUGGCCCCCCACAUUUUACAGAAAGCACAGUGUUUCCAAGGGAGUCUGGGAAAAAUUGCAAGAUCUAUACCUUCAGUAAGGAUGGGACCUUGUUUACCUGGGGCAGCGGAGAAAAAGUAAAUAUUAUCAAUGUCACUAACAAGGGACUGCUGCACUCCUUCGACCUCCCAAAGGCAGUUUGCCUUGAGUUCUCGCCAAAAAACACUGUCCUGGCAGCGUGGCAGCCUUAUGCUACCUCUAAAGAUGGCACAGCUGGAAUACCUAACCUACAACUUUAUGAUGUCAAAACUGGAACAUAUUUGAAAUCCUUCAUCCAGAAAAAAAUGCAAAAUUGGUGUCCAUCCUGGUCAGAAGAUGAAACUAUUUGUGCCAGAAAUGUUAACAAUGAAGUUCACUUCUUUGAAAACAACAAUUUUAGUACGAUGGCAAAUAAAUUGCAUUUACAAAAAAUUAAUGAUUUUGUGUUAUCACCUGGACCCCAACCAUACAAGGUGGCUGUUUAUGUUCCAGGAAGUAAAGGUGCACCUUCAUUUGUUAGAUUAUAUCAGUAUCCCAAUUUUGGUGGACCUCAUGCAGCUUUAGCCAACAAAAGUUUCUUUAAGGCUGAUAAGGUUACAAUGCUAUGGAAUAAAAAAGCUACUGCAGUGUUGGUAAUAGCUAGUACAGAUGUUGACAAGACAGGCGCUUCCUACUAUGGGGAACAAACACUGCAUUACAUUGCAACAAAUGGAGAAAGUGCUGUAGUACAAUUACCAAAAAAUGGUCCCAUUUAUGAUGUAGUUUGGAACUCUAGUUCCACUGAGUUUUGUGCUGUUUAUGGUUUUAUGCCUGCCAAAGCGACAGUUUUCAACUUGAAAUGUGAUCCUGUGUUUGAUUUUGGAACUGGUCCUCGUAAUGCAGCCUUCUAUAGCCCUCAUGGACAUAUAUUAGUGCUAGCUGGAUUUGGAAAUCUGAGGGGACAAAUGGAAGUGUGGGAUGUUAAAAACUACAAACUUAUUUCUAAACCAGUGGCCUCUGAUUCUACAUAUUUUGCUUGGUGCCCAGAUGGUGAGCAUAUUUUGACUGCCACGUGUGCUCCUAGGUUACGAGUUAAUAAUGGGUACAAAAUUUGGCAUUAUACUGGCUCUAUCUUGCACAAAUACAAUGUGCCAACAAAUGCAGAAAUUUGGCAGGUUUCUUGGCAGCCAUUUUUGGAUGGAAUAUUUCCGGCAAAAGCAAUAACUUACCAAGCAGUUCCAAGUGAAGUACCCAGUGAGGAACCUAAAGUUACAACAGCUUAUAGACCCCCAGCUUUAAGAAAUAAACCAAUCACCAAUUCCAAACUGCAUGAGGAUGAACCACCUCAGAAUAUGAAGCCACAACCAGGAAAUGAUAAGCCAUUAUCAAAAACAGCCCUUAAAAAUCAAAGGAAGCAUGAAGCCAAGAAAGCUGCAAAGCAGGAGGCAAGAAAUGACAAUCCAGAUUUGGCACCUACUCCUGCCCCACAGAGCAUACCGCGAAAUACUGUCUCUCAGUCAACUUCUGGAGACCCUGAGAUAGACAAAAAAAUCAAGAACCUAAAGAAGAAACUGAAAGCAAUUGAACAAUUGAAAGAACAAGCAGCAACUGGAAAACAGUUAGAAAAAAAUCAGCUGGAGAAAAUUCAAAAAGAGAAAUCCCUUCUGCAAGAGUUGGAAGAAUUGGAAUUGGGUAUUUAAAGAGUCACAGAAAACAAGUUGGUUACCAAAAAUCGGUGCAAACACGUCUUAUGUUAAACGCAUUGGUGUACAUGGAGUAUCCAUGUACUCAAAUGUUCACCUGUGAUUUUAACCAUUUAUCCAAGACUCUGCAUAUGUGUGAAAAUAUUUAAUAAUGUCUGUUAAAUUGAAUUCUUCUAUCUGUUAAUACAUGAUUUAGAAAAGAGACUCAUGAAUUUUUAAGCUAAGCUUGACAUAUUGAAAGAUAAAUGUCAUUCUUUUUUAGUGGGAAACAGUAUUUACCAUAUAAAUGAAUAAAGACAUCUUAAAUAUAA